AUGGCACUGAGAAGACAGAGACGCGUGCGAACCUUCCAAGAGCGGAAGAAUGUCUUUGAAAUGUUUGAUGACUUUCAGUUAAUUAAACGAUAUAGACUGGACAGAGCAGGAAUCAUAUUUGUCACUGACUUAGUGAGAGAUGUCAUCUCACCAUCAACUACACGCAGCAACGCCAUCCCAGCUGAAUUAAAAGUAGUGCUGAUGCUUCGUUUUCUUGCUACAGGAAAAAUGCAGCAGUGUAGUGCUGAUGAUUUGGGACCAUCCCAACCAACAAUUAGCCGAGUUGUCAUGCAAACAAUUAUGGCACUUACAGCGCGACAGAUUGUCACCCGUUUUAUUGACUUUCCAACAACACCCCGUGUCAUCCAACAGAAGCAAACCCAGUUUAUGCAGAUAGCUGGAUUUCCAGGAGUUGUAGGUGCAAUUGAUGGCACUCACAUAAAGAUCAUUGCUCCCAGCAUUAAUGAGGAUGUUUAUGUGAACAGAAAGAGGUACCACAGCAUCAACACUCAAGUUGUGUUUGAUGCAGAAUACAACAUUUUAGAUGUUGUACCCAAAUGGCCUGGGUCAACCCAUGACGCUCGGAUUUUCACUGAAAGCGGCCUGAACAAACUCUUUGAAACCGGACUUGUGCCACCCGGAUGUCAUCUUUUAGGUGAUAAAGGAUAUCCCUUACGCAGGGCACACCGUUCUACACGAAGUGUGGUAGAAAGAGGGAUUGGCCAGUGGAAGCGCAGAUUCCACAUUUUACAUUCUGAAAUUCGGUACAGUCCGGAAAAAGUGUGCCGAAUCAUAAUGGCAUGUGCAAUUCUGCAUAAUAUUUGUAAGAAGCGCAACAUCCCUUCCCCCCCAACACUGGAGAACCGUGAUGACGGUGAUGAAGAUGGAGAUGAGAGCACCCCUGCCAGCACACUUCCUGUAUGUCAUUCGGGAGUGAGUCCUCUACCAGACCUCCUUCAGACGCCCACUCUUCCUCCGGCCAGUCAUGACUUGAGGUGUUUGGAAGCUCGGUCAAAAACGGAGGAGCAGAUGGAGAAUCUGUGCUCAAGCCAGCAGGGUCCAUAG